CUAGCGGCACCAACGAGCUGCAACGGCUAUCUUUCCUCCUAUCUCCCGUGCUUCCAUAUCGUUCCCUCUCCCUCUUCCUAUCCUCCUCCCUCUCUUCCAUCUUCCUAGGUCAUUCUAGGAGAAGCUCAAGAACUAGUAUUUGCCGUCCCCAUAACCGAACCCCUCUGCCCGCAAUACAUUGUCAAGGUCACCUCUGACCGCUGGCUGGGCGCCGAGGCAACCGUUGCCGUAUCAUUCAAACACCUCAUCCUCCCCGAAAUUCAUCCUCCUCACACCAAACUCCUCGAUCUUCACCCCCUCCCAGUCACCGCUCUGAAGAACACCAGCUACGAGUCACUCUACUCGUUUUCCUAUUUUAACCCCAUUCAGACACAGGUCUUUCACACCCUCUAUCACUCCGACAGUAGCGUGUUGCUAGGGGCGCCCACUGGCAGCGGGAAGACGAUUGCAGCUGAAUUGGCCAUUUUCAGAGUGUUCAACUGCUAUCCGGGAGGCAAGGCUGUGUAUAUUGCUCCACUGAAGGCACUUGUGAGGGAGAGAGUCGACGACUGGAACGAGCGUAUGGAACGGAGACUGGGGAAGAGGGUGGUGGAACUGACUGGGGACAGCUCCCCCGACAUACGGGCCAUCGAGAGAGCCGACGUCAUCGUCACGACGCCGGAGAAGUGGGACGGCAUCAGUCGCAGCUGGCAGAACAGAGCCUAUGUCCAGGCGGUUCGACUGUUGGUAAUAGACGAGAUCCAUCUCCUAGGAGACGAGAGGGGGCCGGUGCUAGAAGUCAUCGUUUCUCGAACAAACUUUAUUGCGUCCCACACUGAGCACAAAGUAAGGGUUGUCGGACUGUCGACCGCUCUUGCCAAUGCCAAAGACCUUGCUGACUGGCUGGAGAUAAAACAGGACGGACUAUUCAAUUUCCACCCGGCUGUGCGGCCGGUCCAACUGGAGGUCCACAUCGACGGGUUUCCCGGGAAACACUACUGUCCCAGAAUGGCCACCAUGAACAAGCCAACCUACACCGCCAUUCGAACGUACUCGCCCGUAAAACCGGUUCUGGUGUUCGUGUCCUCGCGUCGUCAGACCCGUCUGACGGCUUUCGAUCUGGUGGCGUACGUAGCCAGGGAGGACGAUUCUAAACAAUGGCUUCAUAUGCCUGAGAAUGAGUUGGAGACGCUGCUGCAGUCGGUCCAGGACCAGAACCUGAGGUUCACACUGGCGUUUGGCGUGGGUCUGCACCACGCCGGGCUGCUGGAGAGGGACAGGAAAACCGUAGAGAAACUGUUUGUCAACCAAAAGAUACAGGUCCUAAUUGCCACGAGUACGCUGGCCUGGGGAGUCAACUUCCCCGCCCACCUGGUGGUCGUCAAGGGAACCGAGUAUUUCGACGGGAAGACGCAGCGCUACGUCGACUACCCAAUCACGGACGUCCUCCAGAUGAUGGGGCGGGCCGGGCGGCCGCAGUACGACGACAGAGGUGUAGCUGUGAUUCUUGUUCACGACAUCAAGAAACACUUCUACAAGAAGUUUCUCUACGAGCCCUUCCCCGUGGAGUCAAAUCUCCUGCAGGUACUGGCAGACCACCUGAACGCGGAGAUAGUCUCAGGAACAGUCACCACCAAACAGGACGCGCUGGACUACCUCACUUGGACCUACUUCUUUAGACGACUCCUCAUGAACCCCAGCUACUACCAGCUGCAAGAGACGGACACGUCAUCCGUUAACUCCUUUCUCACUAACAUAGUCUCCACCUCUCUCUCCGUGCUUCAGUCGUCCCACUGCAUCGCGGUCGAGGAAGAUGAUAGAACUCUGCAGCCGCUGACACUCGGAUGUAUAGCGUCUUACUACUACCUCCAUCACCCCACUGUUAGACUGUUUGGAGAGAGGCUACACGCUACCAGUUCUUAUGAGGAGCUGUUGAUACUUCUUUCAGACUGUUCAGAGUACGCAGAGCUACCAGUUCGCCACAACGAGGACGUCAUGAACGCCAGCCUCGCCCCCAAACUCCCGAUCCCUGUCUCCCCCGACGCAAUGGACAGCCCUCACACCAAGACACACCUACUUCUCCAGGCACACUUCAGUCGCGCUCCCCUGCCCAUCGCUGACUACGGCACUGAUACCAAGUCCGUUCUCGACCAGGCGCUCAGGAUACUGCAGGCAAUGAUAGACGUAGCAGCAAGCGAGGGAUGGCUGGCAGCCACCCUCACGAAUCAUGACCCUAGUUCAGAUGUGUAUUCAGGGAAGAUGGUCGUCGGACAGCUCCCUCCUGACCUUGCCUCACGUCGAGGAACGCCACGUGGAUCAACUGAACGAGGCGUUGUCGCAGUCGAGGGUUCUAGUGGGGAAAGGGUUAAAGGAGAUACUGACGCUGGCAGAACUUCAGUUGGCGGCCGAGGUUGAUGAGGGAUUUGUGACAAAGGCGCUCGGUCGAAGUUUACCUCGACAGGACCUCAGAAAGUUGACAGAAGUAAUCUCGAAGCUGCCUGCCUUGAGUGUCACGUGGAAGCUAAGGUCUCCUGAUGAUAGCAGUGGACGAGACUCGUCGGGCGCCAUACAGGGAGUGGGAAGGGCAGGUGAAGGGGGCAUGGUUAGAGGUCAAAGGUGGGUUGAUGUGGGCAUGGCAAAAGAUUGUGUGGUCGUCGUGCAGAUAACAAGAAACUCCCACAGGAAGAGUCAUGACACGAGAGCGUAUGCCCCAAAGUACCCGAAGUCGAAGGACGAGGGAUGGUGGGUACUAAUUGGAGAAGUCGACAGUGGAGAACUGCUGGCUCUGAAGAGGCUAGGCUACAUUCGCGCCAAGACGGUCACAACCCUCGCCUUCCCGGCACCAGAGGAGCCGAGCCGGAAGAUUUAUACCCUCUACCUCAUCAGUGACUGCUAUCUCGGUCUGGAUCAACAGCACGACCUCCGCUUGAACUUUGUUACCCCUGGCAACGAGUAAGGGACAAAAAUACCCUUUUGGCAAUAAAUUUGGACCAAUUGGCAUAUAAAAAUCAAUUAUUUAUGUGGUUCAAUGAUAAUUUUACCGUUUCACAUUCCUCGCUAUGGUGGUUCAUUAUCGUAUCAUUUUGAAAUCUUGUAAUCAUUAAUAUUAAAAACAUCAGUUCAUUCAACAGUUUGGACGUCCAUAAGUUCAGUUUCGUUGCUACUAGCACUCGAGUGGGCAGAGCCUGGGUCACAUGACUUUGGUCUCAAGUCACUUGACCCUUCCUGUAUAAAAAGUGGAGGUGUCUCUGUUUGAGAUUCAUUUUCAGAACUCAAAUUCGAAUUUUGGGAUAGAGUCUGGAACUGAACUCUGCGGGGCUUCUUUUCUGGCGACUUGCUGGUUUCCUUUUCGCCACCGGCCUGGCGUGCUGUGGUAAAACUGGUUUGACCUGUCAAUCUUGUUUCUACCGUGGCCGGUUGCCCUGGUGAUGUCGAGGACGAGCGACUGUCGGGCUGUGGUCGGGUCUUUUCGGUCGCGAUGGAGGUGCUAUCGGUUGAUUGUGUCAGGGGCUUCUCGUCGGACGAGGUUGAGGCGGGAGAGGAAAAGGCCUCUAUUAGUGUGGUUGUGAUCUUUCUCUUGCCUUUCACCUCCCUCCUCCCUCCCUCACGGUUACCCCCAUAAGCCUUGACAUCUCUAGAUUCUCUGUAGCUCGGCCAGGUUCUGUCGAAGCUUCUGUUUCGUUCACCUUUCCCUCUUCAAUGGCGUCGCCAUUACCGGCCGAUUUCGUGCCGCUUUCAACGGGACUUUUCAAAAGUGUAAUUCCGUUCUUUUUGGUCUCCGAGACGGCGUUGCUUUUCUUCAUCGACUGGGGGAGGUCUUCUGUUGCCAUGACAACACCCAGCUCCGUUGGUUCAAAGGUCACGAUGGAGCAAUAGGCGUCAGAGGAAGUGAUGACGAGAACGAGACCAUCUUCUGACCAUGCCAGGUCUGUUAUUCCACUGUAGUGUAUGUUAGAGAGGUAAGCAAAGGGCGUGGUCUGCUGGGUGUCGUACAGGAGUACCGCAUCGAGACUGGCCACUGCAUACACCAUCCGGUAUGGGAGACUGAGAGAGAAACAUGAAAACACGAAAAAAUGGAGUGCGAAAUGAAAAUUAAAACACGAGGUUAUGAGGUGGAGAAAAGUUGGAAUGCUAGUU